GAGAGGGACAUGUGAAGAUGUUAGCAUAUGCUACAGAGCUGGACAUGUAACUCAAUCCUCUUCCCAAUUUACCUAUAUCCGGUGGUGAGGUAGCCAAGUGGUGGAUUUAACUUUUAAAACAGACCAUUGUUGUAGAAAAAAGAAAUUAUAGGCCAACCCACAAGGGCUGGAAUCCGUUGGAUCGAGCGAAUCAUGUUUUUAAACGGCUUGGUUGUAACUAUGUUUCCAAGCUUCACACUGUUCUUGAGCUUGAGCUGAGCUGUUUUACCAAAAAAGAAACAAGGGGGAACUGGAGAAUAAAUCAUAAAUAUGAGUUUUUAUUGAUUGUGUUCCGUAGAUUUCUCAACUCGGGCAAUCUUAGCUACAAAAUCCAACCUGGGCAGUUCCAAUCUGGUCUCCACAGAUCCACUAGAUUCCAUCAAUAUCGUGUUCUCAAGUCUCAACUGCAGAAGCUCGGAAGAUGCUUCAAAUCCAUUUUUAGUGUUGUGGUAUGAGUAUCUCUUUUUUCUCUCACUUUUUCUAUCUAUUCUACUAAACAAAAUAUGCACAACACUUACUUUAGUUCUAUGUCCCUUUGGAGCAAAGGGGUUCUUUCUUUUCCCUUCAAUGAGAAUUAUUACUUAUCUAGUGAAAGAACUGUGAACUCUUUAGCUUCUCCUUGUACUUGCUGUGCUUUAUCCAUCCAUGGAUUACCUAUGUUCCCUAGAUUUUUAUAUGGGUUGAGGCAUUCUUCCCUGAUUCAGUGGUCAGCUUCUGGAAGGUUGAUUUUAGCUGGUUUUGAUCGGGGCUGCUAUGGAGUUUCAUGCUCUCUCGAGGAGAGUAGUGUUUGUAGGAGGAGGAGCAGGAGGAGGAGGGGGGAGGGGAAAUUUGGUUGUAUGGUUUGGGAGGAGAGGAGUGAGAGUUGUGAUUCAGGUACUGAUGGAAGUGCUGAAGCAAUGCUCAGCUUGUUGACUGAAGAAAUCAGUGAUAAGUUUGUUAGUCGAUCGGCUUCGAGGAGGAAGCUGGUGGAGAAGAUAGGGAGAGUAGUUGAUGAACGUUCUACGAAAGAAAAAGAGUGUCUUCAAGCCAAAUCAUGGGAGUGGGAUUCUAAGGGUUAUCAUCAAUCACGGUGGAGUGAGGCAUCUUCGAGGACUGAGAAUCAUGGGCUUAGGAGAGAACGUUCUAGGAAUGAAAAGGAGUGUGCUCAAGCUACAUUGUCAGAGAAGAAUUUUAAGGGUGGACAUAAAUCUAUUACUGUUAAACCGAGGGAAGAUUAUAAUCAGCUGUCAGCGAGGAAUGAAGCGUCUUCUACGACUGAGAAUCAUGGACUUAGGAGAGAAGGUUCUGGUCACUCAUCAUAUUACUCAGUGUUAUCUUCUGGUGAUUUUGAGAGUGAUACUGAUAUCGAGGUUAAACAUGCAGAGUUUGUUGGAGAAUCCUCAGGUGAUGAUUAUCAGGAGAAAAAAUUGAGAAGUAUCAGAGGGGAUUGCCUCGGAGUGGAUGUCAGAAAACGGUUUAAGAGGCAGGAUGAAGAUGUCGGUGGAUACAGGGAAAUCUCGAGACAGAGAACUGCUGCGGGCUCUGCAGUGGGAUCAGAUACAAUGAUGAAGGGUCAUAAAUGGGAUUCAAGAAGCAAGGCAGAGAAGAAGCUUAGUGAAGUAUCUGCUGCACCAGUACAAUCAAGAGAAGAGUCUUCACAGAGGUUGUCCAGAAAACUUGAGGUUAAUGAGAGUGACAUGGAAAUGACUUUGAGUCACCAGAAGCGAUUUAGUGGCAGGGAAGAUGAUUCAACUUCAGCUGUGAAUUUGGUUGAGGAAACAACAGAGAGAAAUGGCCAAAGAGGUAGGUCAGUACGUGAACAUGCAGAAUCAAGAAGAAAAUCUCAACAAGUUCAAAAAAUGUUGGAGAUCCAGGGAAGAGAUUUCCAGAGGGCCUCCAGCUCCCAAAAGCAAUUCAGUGGCAGAGAAGUGAACUUAACUUCAGCUGUCAAUUCGGACCAGGCAGCAAGAGAGGGGCAUAGACAAAUAGUUAAUGAAACUAUAGAACAAACCGAAUUAAGAGGAAAAUCACGACAGCUGACCAAGGUUUCAGAGGAUAAUAACAUUGACAGUGCUUACACUUCACGGAUGCUUUUUGAGACAAAAAUCGAUAAUAGAGAAGAAAAUUCAACUACAACACAGAGUUCCAUUCAGAAGUCAAAUGAGCAACAGGCCCAAAUUGAUCAAAGAUCUUAUGGGAUUACUGAGUUAAGAAGAGAAUCCCAAUAUCUAACAAAUAUGCCUGAGAUGACUUCUGAUGCUACUGAAACCAUUACCAGGGCUCAAACACUUUCUGAAACAAGAGUGAGUGGUAGGGAAAGAAAUUUGGCUUCGGUUGCGGUCGAUCUGGUUCAUGAAGAGAGGCAAAAUGGUAGCCGAACUGGGGAAAGAGUCAUUGAAGAAGUUGGACCAGGAAAAGAGUCUCAAAGGCCAAUGAAAGUAUCAGGUUCCUCGAGGAGCUCCAUGGAAAUGACCUCAAGCUCCACAACACCAUUGCAUUCAGUUCCACAUGCUAGAGUGCAACUUAUGGGUGUAUCAAUGGAAGAUAGCAGUUUUUCCCAGGUUAUACUGGCACCUCCUCCAUCUCAAUCGGCAGAUGUCAAAACUGGGUAUGCAAAAGUAGAGGCUUCUGUUGAAUUCUCAGAAGGUAGUUCUAGCUCUUUGUUUACACAUCCACAAGCACAAACUCCAGCUUCUCCCCAUGAAUUACAUGUUGAAACUAGAACCAGUGAGGCUUUUGGAGAGAAUCCAAGUCUUGUGCUCCAUGAAGAUGCAUUGGAUUCAGCUAACCGUUUUGAGAGAUCCUCCAGUCAGUUUAUUGGCGAGUUUGUGGAGAAGGUCCAAGAUGAAAUAUCUACAUCCGAACUCCAGAAGGAAAGAACUUAUGAAACUACAUCCGUAUUCAGAGACCAAAAGUACAUAGGUCCUGGCCAAUAUGUAUCCGAGGACUUGCAGUCAGAGAGGCCUGGUUCGAGGCAGUCAUCUGAUGUCUCUGGAAAGAAGGGACCCUCAGAUGAAAUGUGGGAUGUUAAGGACCCGUCUGUGCAUGAAUAUUCUCAGAGAGAAGCAACCGAGGAGGGCACUUCCACAGCGGGGAGUGUCACUGUCCGGAAAGCUGGUAGGUCCUUCUGGAGUAUUAUUGCAGAUAUAGUUCGGAUGCGGUGGGGCACCCGCUCUGAAACUAAUAAUUCAGCAAUAAAAUCAGGUGGGAGGAGUUCAUCAAAUGAGUCUGUUGGCAGUGAGGCAUGGUUAUCUGGGCAUGAGCCAGAUGACAAUGAUAGUGAAAAUGUCAAAAAGAGACAAAGAAGCACUCUGAAGCAACCCAGAUCUGCUGAUCAGCUAAGUAAAGCUUCUACUCGAAGCAAAACAGAAGCCUCUGAGGCAACAAUUUCCCAGGACAGAAUAUUUGAGGGUGACGCUGAUGCUUCAUCCUAUUCAGGUACCUUAGAAAGAGGUAUGACAUCCCAAGGUACUUCUUUGGCCUCUGGAGAGGAAAGAUUUGGUUGGAAAGAAGAUGGUAGGAGUGAUCAAGGCAUUCCUUCCACUGUUGCACCUAUGGAUUCAUCAUUGCCCUUACUUACUAGACGCCACAUAAGAUCUCCAGCCGUAGAACGGAUGCCAGAAAGUAGUAAAGCCAAGGUGUCUAUAGGUGACUUCAAGGAGAAUGUGGAGCAACACACCAUGGAGAGGUUAACUGAAGUCACCAGAACUGAUGGAAAGAAUGAUGAAUUGAAGAGAAGUAAGUUCCAGCGUAGUGAGCAAGUACCGAAAGAUAGAUUUGAUGAAUGGGAAAAGGCAUAUGAAAUAGAAACUGUACAGAGAAAAAUUGAUGAGAAGUUUAUGAGAGAAGCACUAUUGGAAGCCCAGAAGGCUGCUGAUAUUUGGGAAGUGCCUGUUGGUGCUGUGCUCGUACAAAAUGGAGAAAUUAUUGCUCGUGGCUGUAAUUUAGUGGAAGAAUUAAGAGAUUCGACUGCCCAUGCGGAAAUGAUUUGUAUAAGGGAGGCGUCUAACCUACUCCGGAAUUGGAGACUUGCGGAUACAACUCUUUAUGUGACGCUUGAACCCUGUCCAAUGUGUGCUGGAGCAAUUCUUCAAGCUAGAAUUGAUACAAUUGUCUGGGGUGCUCCCAAUAAGCUUCUUGGUGCUGAUGGCAGCUGGGUUAGGCUAUUCCCUGGUGGGGUUGAAGGGGGAAGCAGUUCAGAUCAGACAAAUCAGGUGGCUGGGCCUAUCCACCCAUUUCACACAAAGAUUGUGAUCCGUCGAGGGGUCCUGGAAACAGAGUGCGCGGACGCAAUGCAACAAUUCUUCCAUCUGAGGAGGAAGAAAAAGGAGAAGAAACCAGAGCCUGAACCGCAGCCUUCAUGCCUACCCAUUUCAACACAUCCAUCAAAAUUCCUUUCCAAGAUGCAUGAUAUGUUUAACAUAAUGUUCUGCUUGUAACAUUUGGAAAGAACAAUCUCUAUGCCUUAAAACUGUAAAAUUCUCUUGGCAAUGAUAAAGCUUCUUUACCAUUUUAAGUUAAUUUUCUUUAUGGUGUAUCUGAUACUCUUUAAGAGACAUGAAAAACAAUUAAUUGGAUAGUGGGUGAUCUUCUUUACUGUU